UUUUCUUUAUCUGGGUCACUCUAAAGAUGAGGCUGGCGUUUAUUUCAGAUAUUUAACGGUGCCCUAUCGUGGUCUGGGCCACGGAGACACCCCCAAAACAACAAUUGCAGACAUGUUGUUCCAGCUUCUUGAAGUGUUCUUCAUUUUCAACUCUGAGUUUUCAGAAGGGUCCAUUUCAGAUGUCUCUACAAUCACAGCCUCUCCUGGUGAAGAUGUUUUGCUCAGUUGCUUCUUCAAGCCACAGACAGAACUUGUGGACAGCUACUUAGCUGUGAGGUGGCUUUGUGACUUUUCAGUGGUUCACUAUACAAUCGAUGGAGAAGAUCUGUCUGAUUUAACUUCACACCAAUUUAGAGGAAGAACCCGCAUUUUUCCAUCCCAAUUGUCAGUGGGCAACGCAUCCCUCCUGCUUCAGGAUGUUACACUUGAUGACACGGGAAAUUACACAUGCAACGUGAUUGGCAACACGCUGAGAUCCACGCAGAUCAUUCAACUGGACAUCCAAGAAUCCUUCCUACCCUGCAUUGUCGGGACACCGUGUGUCUUCUUCGCAAUCAUCUGCGUUUGUCUCUUUAUCUUCAAGCACUUUAGAAAAAAGAAUAUCAAAGAUGUGAAAGGUCUGCUUGAGUUGUUCUACCGAAGAGGGGAAAAAAUGGAAGAUAAGGAAGAAAACAAAUUGCAAGUAACUGUCAUCUGAUAUGUUUUUGUUUUAGAAUCCCUAAGACGUCUGUUUGAGCAAAGACCAGCCUCUGAUUCAAGUGCGACCAAAGAAGAGAAAAAGCAAAAGACACUUUAAGGGAAACUCAGGAGGUCCGUUAUUGAACUAAAGAACUGCUUAGGGAAGUCAUUUUGUAAUGGAAGACAUGCUGUUUUAUAGUGCACAUCACUGAAAUAAAGUAAAACAUGCUGAUUUGUA